AUGGAACCCCGAUCAUUACCGAACGAGCUCAUCGAAGCGAUUCUCAGGCAAGUAGACAUGCAAACCAUUCUCCUCGCCCAAAGAGUCUGCCGACAAUGGGCCCUAUGCAUCAGAGAAUCUUCCGCAAUCCAAGAAAUUCUAUUCUUCCGACCAGCACCAGCCAACAGGCCACGCCAACAAAACCCCCUGCUAGCAUUCAAAUUUCCAUACUGGUUUCCCGCCGAUGACGCUGGGUCAUGUGCUAUCGCCUUUGGCGCCGCAGACAUGCACCAUUUUCUAGAGAUCAGCGACAUAUAUCGGCGACCGGAGGCGAGCUGGCGCCGAAUGCUUGUCCAGCAACCACCGAUUAUGGCGAUGGGAUGGGUGGAGCGUAGCGUGUCGCCAUCCGAUGGGAGAGAUCUGUAUCGCUGGGAGAUGCCACUACAAGCAUUUGGUGGGUUAAAAAUGAAUAUGCUAUAUGAUCUGGUCGUGAAUACUUCGGAGUUUGCGCCGGAAUACUUCUAUUUCAGAGUCUUAUGGUCGCAAAGUAAGACUUUAAGCAGUAGCUUUGCUAGCCUUCACUCAGAGCCAUGUCCGUCUUCCUUUUCGGACAGAAUCUCUGGGCCACUCAGGCAUGCAAUGCAGGGUGCGGAUGUGGUUCUUGAUAUGUGGUAUGCAGGUCAGAAAAAUCAUCUCGGCAAGAACCAGACGUGGACACGGGAGCUUGUGCGGGGGCUGAAGCUUGCUAUGGAAGACUUUGAUAUUGAUCUGGUGUGCUGUAUGAGAGAGUUGAAGGAAGUCAAGAGCUGGACUUUGGCGGACGAGUUGAGUGAUAUCGCUGGAGAAGUAGAACACGGCUAUCCUGUGCCUUCGCCUGAUGAGGAUGAUCCGGAUCUGUAA